AAACCCAUGUGAGAACACCUCUGAUUUGUUUCACCAAAACUGAUCUUCCAAACGAUUGUAAAGAAAACAGCAUUUACAAAUCCCGCUUCAUUGUUGGUUUGUUCAACUCUUUCUUCGCAAUGACCUGGAGGUAUGCGCUUUCUACCAGGUGCGUCACACUGUAGGCCUUUGAAUGGUGUCACAGAAGGAAACUCCACAGCGAUUGGUUGAGAUAUUUCUUCCAUUGUUACUGCCACCUGUUACUGGGUUUUAUCUGACUGUGGUAGUCGGGUAACCUUCGUGAUUAUCGAAACUCUAUCACCAGCUUGAGAUUCCAGACUUUGCUACUGGUUAACGUUUUCCAUGCAUCAUUGCGUCUUCCAUUCCGAAGCAGCUCCUGUUCGUGUGUAGUCGUCUUCUACUGAGAAGACAUUACUUGUUGCAUGUAAAUUUUGGUUAACUCGACUGAAAGAAACAUGAAGAACCUGGUUCUACUCCUGUUGUUGGUUUGUACCCUUCAUGGUAUAUGUGUCUCUCUGGAGUGCUACAAAUGCACAUUUUCUGAUGAGGGCUGCCAAGAUUUGUCAUUAUCAGCACCACCAGGUUUGGAAACCUGCGCCGACGGUAGCAUAUGUCAUGUCACACGACUGACUUUAGCAAAUGGAGACGUAGUCGACGCUGAAAGAGGCUGUAUACCCGACUCUGACUGUUAUAACGGCUGUUCUGGGUUCCUUGAUGAGUCACCAGAAUGUACAUCUUGCUGCAUCGAAGACCGCUGCAAUAGCGGUGUGCCGAUUUUUGAAGACGUUUCUUGCUAUGAAUGUUAUAACAUCCAUUUAAUAACAGGGGGAGAUGGACCUAGUGCUUGCGACUACCCUUUCAACCCGCAUGAUGUAUCGGUUGGAACAACAACCUGCUACUCCGGCCAUUGUGCGGUCUACUAUCAAAAGGGAUCGUCCAAAAACACGGUCGUAUACAGAGGAUGUCCAGAUUUAGAAUUAAAAUGCCGAUCGACUAAAACCCAAUGUAAAGGAAGCGAGUGUAUUGACUGCUGCUCGGGCAACUUAUGUAACGGACAAGUCACUGCUAGAAGUCUAGACAGCAUUGAACAAAGCACUGCUAGUGUAGCCAACAACAAGCAAGCUACCAAUAAUGUAUCCAGCAACGGACACACCAUUAAUGUAGCCAGCUAUGGACGUAACAUUUGUGUUAUCUCACUUGCCAGCAUUUGGCUGAAUUGGUUCAUAAAUAACUGGCAUAAUAUAACCUUGAUUUGAUUAGAAAGCCACAUUCGUUUAGUUAUAAUGACAUUAAAUAGUUAGUGGAUGGUAUUAUAACUACUUUAAUAUUUAUUUGCAAUUUGAUAAAAAGGUUGGCAUUUUGAUAAAAGCUCUUGUGUUGAUCAAAAGUAGCCGGUGUCUUUAUAAAGUAAUAAUAUUAAAGGGUUUAUUUUUUUGUUAUAGCCAAAUAAUAAUAUUUCGAGAAUUUUAGUUUGCUUUUGAAAAGGGAACAGCAUCGGUUCCUCAAGGUACCAAUAAAUUACCUCAUAAUAAGAAAACAGAAAUCGUCCAGUUGAGCUUAUUUUCCUUCCCAUGUGCCGAAUGAAAACAAACAACCCUUUUCAAGUUUGAUGAACAUCUGACGUCAUUGCAGGCGCCCUUAGUGAAUGUUAGAUGGAAAUAAAAUUAAGGUUGGGUUCAGUAAAAGAGGCACAUCAAUAAAUAUUAGGUUUUUUUUAUGCAGCACCAUUUAUUUUGUGGCGUUUUUAAAACUACUAACCUUCGGUAAUUCUCAACCAAAUGUGUGUCUUGUUUUGACUCCGAGUUGCCUGUGAACAAUGCCCUGUGUGACAUGCAUCCUUAAAUCUAAUACAGUGGCUUCUUCUUGUACCAAAUCCAGGUAACAACAGAUUUUAUGCGAAGUGGAAGUAAAGAAUUCUCAAGAAGCUGUAUAUCCGAGUAAGAGUGUAAGAGUAAUUGCUCUUCGUAUUCAGUGAGUGGUAACCAGUGUCGAAGCCUUUGCUGCAGCGAAGACUUAUGUAACAGAGGUGACGUUGAGCCGUUUGAUGGAAACAUCUCCUGCUAUGGAUGCAACAGGUCACUUUCUGCUGCGUGCAAUGACGAUUUCAAUCCAGCCGAUCCAUCAGUUGUUUAUGGUUUCAUGCACAUCCGGCCAAUGCGCGAUCUUUCAUUACAAAGAAUGGUCUCAGAACUCAAUUGUGCACAGAGGGUGCCCUAGCGACGGAGUCGUCAUGCUGGCCUGAAACACUGCACGGAAAGCUGUGUUUCAGGCACUGACUGGUCCCAGUGGUGCUACAACAGCCAAUACUAACCAAGAUGACGACCAAGAUGACGACCAAGAUGACGACCAAGAUGACGAACAAGAUGACGAACAAGAUGGCGACCAAGAUGACACUGGUAAAGGAACCCGUUUGUACAAGUACCCGUGUGACAUUUUGAUUAUUUCACUGAUGGGCAGUGUGCUGCGUUGGUCGAUAAAUAAUUACUGAAAGUUGAAUCGUGAAAAAAGGUUUUGGGACGCUUGGUGGCAGCAGAUUUACCAACUACAAUCCAUUGUUCUCGGUCAUGUGCGCAUUCUCAGAACUACGUAAUCAAUGGCAAUUUACCUGGUAAGUCUGCUGCCACAAAGCGUUCAAAAGUCUCAAAUAAUCGCAAGUUGUUAAAAUAAUAGCUAAAAUCUUUAUUUAUUAUUUGAUAAAGAAUGUAAGUCACUUGUCGAUGAAAACGGCCCUUCUUCUUCAAAUAAAGGGAGUUGACAUUGCUUUGGAAUAAAAAUGGUGACUUAAAGUAAAGGUUAUACGUUUGUUAAAUUAUAUAUGUGACGUCACUCUAUUGUUGAAAAAGUAGAUUAUUUUUACGAAUCUAAGUGUAGAUUCGUAAAAUAAUCUACAUUUAGUUCAACUUGAACAUUAAAUUACUGUCAAACUGAAAGACAGCAUGAAAUACAACAAAACAUGAAAAAUAUAUUAUCUUUCAAUUUACAUGUAUAAACAUUGCUCAGUUUAGAAAUAAAAUCACUUUUAGUAACACAAUUUAUUGUAAACUGAGCAAACAGGCGUCCAUCGAUAAUGUUGCAACAGUAUACGACCGGGUUUACUAAUAAAAUCUAUUUAUUCAUUGAUUGAUUGGUUGAUUUAUUUAUUGAUUGAUUUAGUUAUUUAUUUACAUGUUAUCACAUUAUGCAUUUAAAGCUGCAAACGUGUGUAUGGUUCCCUAUGGUAAAUAUAAUCGUCGUGACACAGUUUCAAAUCAGGAACAGUCUCGUGUUGCACGGCCUAGCAAUCAAUGCAAAAAGCCGUAAGUUUUGUUUAUCUCAGAUUAGUUGUUAUAUUAUUUGAAAUAUAAAUUGAGUUUAUCAAUUUAUGAUUCUUUUUACAAAAAAUAUUGAUUCCCAUUUAUUUCGUAGUACAAUUUAUUUGUACUUCUCGUUACUCUCUUUUAAAGGAAAGGUAAAUGUUUGGUAAAUACUCAAAACAAAUACUAACUAAAAAAACUAGUUUGUUGGUCAGGAGAGCGUUGAUGGAAAUGACUCCCUCUGAAGUAACGUAGUUUUUAAGAAAGAGGUAUUUUCUCACUAAAUUAAUAAAAGACUUCUAGCAAGAAUCUUUUAUUCCUAACUGAAAGCAAACACAUUCGUCCAACAUGGCUGCUUUUUCUUCCUACCCUUUUUUCUUCCAUGACCAAUUGAGACCAAAUUUCGCAGGCUUGUUAUUUUAUGCUUAUGAUGGGAUACAUCAUAGAAC